AUGGCUUUUGCCACAUCACGUUUAUAUGUAUGUGCUUUGCUCACGGUGGUAGGGAAAAGUAUUGAAUUCGCCAGGAAAUACGGAACUUUCAACUUCAAUGGGAUAAAUCAACGUGUGCUGUGUUGUGGGUUACUAUAUCACCAUGUCAGAGAACUGGACUACAACGCGAUGCGGACACCGGACCUGGCCAACGUCAUAUUUCGCAGGACGAAUCACGCUCAAGUUUGCAUAUGGCAUAUGCCUUUGUAA